AGAAAUCCAUAUGCGAUAUGCCCAUAUCUCCUUUGCGUAAACUAAAUAUUUCUCUGAUUUCUCUUUAUUUAAUGCUGAAUCUGACCCAAAUUGGCAGUGAAUCGAAGCUCCUUUUUCAAAUCCAAGAAAGCUGGAGAUCUUUUUUAAGCCUUUGGUUUAGGCAUUUGGUCUGUUUCUGUUUGUUUCCCGGGAAAAUUAAAAAACCAGAGCCAGAAUCGGAGCCGCGAGCUGCUUCCAUGGAUAUCGAUCGGUUUCAGCCGCUGGUUUCUCUCUGCGCCGACUUGGGUCGCCGGAAUUUCGCCGCGUUCUUACGGACGGAGUCGGAUUUCCGGCCAUUGCUUCAGAUUCCGGCGCUCUAGCUCUCACUUUCCUGUUCAUGUUCAUUUUCCCGGAAAAUCAAGCUUCACUGACUAGGACUCGGGGAAGAACGACAAGUGCACGAAACCGAUACUCACCAAAAAGGCAAUGGAGCAUUUGUUCUUCAAGUUCAAUGAACUAACAAAGUCACUGACCCCUAAGAAAUGGAGAAAUUCUGAAAAUGCAUCAGUUGUGAGUGGGAGAGAAGCUGCAGAAGCAAUGGCGAAGUCUGCAAAGAAGAAGGAUCUGAUUAUCCAUGGUUCAGGAAGUAUAAAUCUCGACGACUCGGAGAACUUCGUCUCAAGUUUUUCGAAGAGGGGCGAGAAAGGAACCAAUCAGGACUGCUGCAUUGUGUGGGAGGAAUUUGGGUGUCAAAAGGAUAUGAUAUUUUGUGGGGUCUUUGAUGGCCAUGGACCAUGGGGCCAUUUUGUUGCAAAGAAGGUUAGAAAGUCAAUGCCAACAGCUCUGCUUUGCAAUUGGCAAGAUGCACUUGUUCAAACUGCUCUUCAACCAAAUUUAGAACUCAAUUCAGGGAAAUCACAUCUACAGUUCAAUAUAUGGAAGCAUUCUUAUAUAGAAGCCUGUGCUACCAUUGAUCUAGAACUCGAGCGGCACCGUAAAAUCGACACGUUCCAUAGUGGAACAACGGCCCUUUCAAUCGUUCGACAGGGUGAUAUGAUUGUUAUUGCAAACACAGGCGACUCCCGAGCCGUGAUGGCUACAACUUCUGAUGAUGGAAACUCGGUACCAUUACCAAUUCAGCUCACUGUUGAUUUCAAGCCAAAUCUACCUCAGGAGGCUGAGAGGAUAGCACAAUGCAAUGGGAGAGUUUUCUGCUUGCCAGAUGAACCCGGGACUCCCCGUAUCUGGCUGCCGAACAGGGCAGCUCCCGGGUUGUCGAUGUCGAGAUCCUUCGGCGAUUUUUGUGUCAAGCAUUUUGGACUCAUCUCUAUGCCCGAUGUAACACAAAGAACUGUGACCAGCAAAGACCUGUUUGUUGUGCUUGCAACUGAUGGGAUAUGGGACGUCGUCUUGAAUCAAGAAGCAGUGCAGAUCGUUCAUUCAACGACGGAUAGAGCCAAAUCAGCUCGACGAUUGGUUGAGUAUGCUACCCGUGCGUGGAAGCGGAGGAGGCCGGGAAUUGCAAUGGAUGACAUGUCGGUUAUCGUCCUCUUUCUCCAUUUUUCACCUUUGCAUCAACAAGCUUAUGUUGUAGCUCCAAUGGAAAAAGAAGCAUGAAAGUUUAUGUAGUUGCUGCUUGUUUGUUAUCUUCCAUAUUGUGGUUCGCUUAUUGUUAUGAUUGCUAAUGUCAAAAAUGAAAGAUGUUGUAGCUAAGUUGAGGCCUAUUACAUCUUCUUAUACCAAUAAAGGAUAAAAGGGGUAAGAAAGAUUAUUCAAUGAUGAAUGUAGCUUCUCAUCAAUAAAUUUUACAGUAAAUUUUUGUCACGUCAAGAAUACCUUAAA